AUGUAUUUCAUCAUGGACGACGACCUAUGUGCAAAGUGCGAAGAAAGGCCAGGCGUUGUCCGCUGCUCUUGUGGUGAAAGGUUCUGCGAAUACUGUUUUUCUAAGAAACAUCUACAACGCAACCCAACCCAUAAACGCGGUGGUUCGAAGAAAACCGAGAAUAAAUGGAAUAAGAUCAAAGGAGCAGUUUCUGACAUCGCGAGUUCGUUUUCUCCCGCCUCGGACUUCCAGAGGGAUGAGACCAGUAAAUGGUUCGGCCUACAUAUCUCGUCACCACCUGGACGCAAGGAUCGUAUUGCGACCUUGGUUGAGACCACGCGAUUAUCGAGCCUUUUGGAGGAGUCCCUUCAUUUUGAUAAGCACAGCCCCAAGCGACAGUAUCCCAGUAUUUGCUCAUUUGUUGGUGAUACUGGUGCAGGAAAGUCAACUCUGAUCCGAAGUCUGAUCUUUGACUCCGAGUGGGCAUUGGAUUUUGAUCCCCUUGACGCCCCAGUUCCUGGAGCCCAGACUGGAUCUUCUGCCAUUAGAUCGACCACUGGAGAGGUCAAUCUUUACCUUGACCCCUCGACCUUUGGUACUGUCGCACCAAUGUUCUAUGCAGACUGCGAAGGCCUUCUGGGGACUGAACCUCUUGCGGCAGAGCAUCAGACUGAAUGGGCAAGAUACGGACAGCGAUACCUUAUUGAAUCCAAGGAUGGCAAGCCGGUGGACCGACGAACGGCUGUCAAGACAAUUUAUCCUCGCUUUCUGUACAUCUUCAGCGAUGUCAUUUGCUAUGUCACCAGAAACCACAGAGCGUGGGCUGAAUCUGCCUUGCGGCUUCUGGACUGGAGCAAGGUUGGUGUUCAGAACAUCAUCAAUCAACAUGCACUACCUGCCUUGAUCAUCGUUCUUAACGGGCCUACUUUGGAGAAUGAGGCUUGGCUUGGGAAUGACUAUGAAGUUGUCACGGAUGCUUUCUUCCAGGCCAUUGAGAAGGAGAUAAGCGAGACCACUGAGUUUCGAGAACUUGCUCAAAAGCAUGGAGACAAGACAAUGAGGCAGCUGUUUGCAAGGAGCUUCUCUAGGGUAUACGUUCACUACAUCCCACUCGAAGGCUUCGGAUCUCUCGGGACUAGUCUAGAAAUCAUCAACCAGACCACCUGCUUGGCAAAGCGAGUCAGAAGAGAUGCAGAGCGCGUUCAGGCCCAGAGAGCCGAGUCCUGGACCCGCUUCGACACGACGCAGAUGUCACAGGUAGUGCAUUAUGCAUUCGCCCAUCUCGCAUCUGGAAGCUCAGAGCCGUUCGACUUUGGCCAGUGCCGGCGGCAAAUAUCGGUUCCGGAUACAACGGAGAGUCACUUCUCGGAUUUCCUUGGCUUGUCGCUUGAUAAUAAGAUGGAGGCGCGGUUCAAUGAUACGGCUGCUGUUAUCGCGACGAGCUUGUUGAGGAACUCCUUGAGUGCGAACAAGGAUGAUAUCGUGCUCCUACCCUCCGUCGUCUUUAACAAAGACACCCAAGCAAUCUGCACACGGGCCAUCGGUCAGUUCCUGGAUCAUAAAUCGCCAUGCGCAUACAUUGACCCCGACUCUGGCGAAAAAUGCGUAAACACAAAGUCGGGUCAUAUUAUAGGCCACCAGAGUGCAUCAGGCGAUCUUUUGAGCGAUGGCAACUUUGUAGUUGGUGACUUUAACUCUGCCAAGUUUCUGCUCGCGGUCGAGUCAGCACUUCACGCCACCAUGCGAGCGAUCAACUCAAGUGGCCCCUCCAACCAUUGCGACUGGCGACGCCUCGCCGCUGUUCAUCAUCGUUGGAACAUUGGCGCCCUGAGACGACAAGGUGGCUAUCCAGCAUUCCAUGCCGAUGAUAACUCCAGGAAAGAACUAUUAACACUUCCAAAGCGGGUUUUGUCUUUUUUGGCGGAUUAUUGGAGUCGUAGAGCAUUUUGCCUCGGUUGCCUCUUCGGAAGACCAGAAUAUGGUCUUCCCUGCCACCAUGUCAUCUGCGAAACAUGCGUGGAAGAUUUCGAUGAUACCGCUGUGGAAAAGCGAUAUCCGGGGCGGGUUAUGCAUCAAAGCUGCAUAAUUUGUGAUAGUUCAUCAUCUGACAAGUGGCCGUUCAUCACUAUCAUCAGACCGCCACUUUGCGGUCUUCGUGUUCUGUCGCUGGAUGGAGGAGGCGUCCGGGGUGUCGUUGAAUUGACGGUCUUGAACCGUUUGGAGAAAGAGAUCGGGCUUGGAAUUCCGAUUGGGAGUUUCUUCGAUCUUAUUGUUGGUACAAGUACAGGUGGCAUCAUCGCACUUGGUAUAGGUGUACAACGAAGAAGUGCUGCUGAGUGCACAAGUUUGUUCCGAAACAUCUGUGAAGAAGGCUUCGAGUCCAAACCACUCACAAAGUCUCAAUUCGUUGGUUGGGCCGCCCGAUGGUUCAGCAGUUCGAUAUACAAGACGGAUGUUUUAGAGACGGUCCUCCAGAAGGCAUUUGGGGACAAAGAUCCAAAGUCCCUCUAUGGAUUGAACAGCUCAUGCCGAGUUGCAGUCACGACAACAGCUAAGGAAGACUGUCACCUGAUCGCCAAUUAUCAUACAGGCGGUAAAGAUCGGUACCUGUACUCAAAAAUUCCGCUCUGGAAAGCUGCUCGUUGUACUUCGGCUGCUCCUAUGUACUUCGAACAUGUCUCCCACGCUGGACAUGAAUGUCGUGACGGCGGCCUGAAAGAGAACAAUCCCGUCCAAGUAGCGCUUAACGAAUCCAGAAAGAUAUGGAAGGAUCCUACUUACGACGCAAUCCUAUCUAUUGGAUCGGGGCAAGCUAGGUAUCCAGCAACCGAGCCAGUUUCAACCGCCAUCAUACCCAAGUGGCUUGCUCAUCUCUUCUCAACCCUCGUUAGUACCAUGAAUGGCGAGGAUGCAUGGGACAGGUUUCGCUCCAGCCAGGAUAAGCAUAUACUAGACCGUGCUUCGAGAUUCAACUUGAAGUUCAAUGGGAGCACUGAGCCGGCUCUUGACGAUGUAAAUGCUAUUCCGAGCAUGGAAACCGCGGCGAAGAAAGUAAAAUUCCAUGAAAGGCUUUCUAUCUCACCAUUCUCAGCAACCUCUGGCAUUAUCCAAGUGGACGCACUUCAUCUUAUGGCUGACAAACUUCGAGCAAGCCUCUAUUUCUUUGAGCUCGGGAAUAUCACGAAACACGGUACCGUCGCAGUAGUUCACGGCUCCAUCUGCUGUCGCUUGAUGCCGAAUGAUAAUGGCUUCAAAGAGCUCCUAUCUCGCACUUUGAGAUUCCUUGUUCGAGGAAAAGUGUACGAGUUCAAGAGAGUUCCUGUUGAUCAACCACUUCGAUUUGCAGUUGAAUUUCAGCACCAGCAUCUUGAUGAGCCGAUUCGCAUUGAUGUGAACUUUGGGGCUACGCAUUCAACGACUAUUAGCGGCUUCCCGAUGACUUUGAAGACUUUAUUCACUCAUGCCGAACAUCAAGCAACUUCUCCAGCGUCAGUGCCAAUGGCAGAAAUGACAAGCAAUACAAGCAACCGCGAUCCACCUGCUGGAGUAAAUAAAGAUCAGAACACAUGUCUAACGCAAACAACAGCAGCUGAGCUACCGGCUAUUACAAAGGUCACAACGAGAGAAGUACCAUCUACAGUGGCAGGUACCGUAAAGCGGCCCAAAUCGACAGAAGACAAUGCCAACACCAUGAAGAACUUGGUUUCAGCAGCAACGGAGAAUGAUACAGAGAAAGUGCUGGAGCUACUUGAUCAAGGAGUUCCUAUUGAUGGCAAACAUGGCGGUUGGACUGCACUUGGCUGCGCGGCUCACAGAGGACAAUUGGAUACCGUUCAGGCUCUCCUCCUUCGCGGUGCUGAUAUGGACAUACUAAUGGACAUUGGCUGGGGUGUUCUCCCUGGCGACGGCAGUGCUAUCAACUGGGCAGCUUGCGGCGGCUAUCUCGACGUUGUUAAGAUACUCUUGGAGAAAGGGGCUAAGUCGAAUAUUUGCGCGCAGAGACCGGUGUUCCUUGGCACUGGGGGAACGCCUGUUACUAUGGCGGCAGGGAAAGGCCACCUCGAAGUUGUUCGGUACCUCGUUGAGAAUAAGUGUGAUGACGAUUCCGCAGAUGGUAUUCCGGGUUGGGAUGCCUUCAUCAUCGCAUGCGAAAAAGGAAAACUCAACAUCAUCAAAUACUUUGUCGAGGAAAGGGACCUCAAUUUUGACAGAGCUGGCAGCGAUGGCGUCACGCCUCUGAUUACAGCAGCUCAGAGUCAGCAGACCGCUAUCAUGGAGUACUUGGUCAAGCGCGGGGCGCACAUAGACGCGACCGACAGUGAUGGAAGCACUGCGUUGCUUCAUGCUGUGACUAAGAAGAGAGUUGGAGCGGUAGAGUGGCUGGUGAAACAUGGUGCAGACGUGAGGAAGCAGAAUAACAAGGGGAUCUCGCCGUUGAAGCUGGCAAAGGAGGAGUUGCGGAAGAACCAGGAUGACAAAAAUGCGACGGCUAUAGUUAAGUGGCUUGAGAUCCCGAUAGCCGUUGCAUUCCACACAAAGGCUUAG